AUGGCAGAACUGUACUUGGGCCUCAAGAAGGUGCCCACCUACUAUGAUAGGAAGACGUGCAGCUCUCUGGAAGACUGGAAUGAGGCCGUCCGCAACUCCAGAGCCGUUUAUGUCGGCAAUUUGAACUACUUCACCACAGAAGAAGAGCUCUAUGAGCUUGCCAGGCAUGCGGGAUCGGUUGACCGAAUAGUGAUGGGUUUAAACAGGCUUACGAGAGCGCCAUGUGGAUUUGCCUUCAUAUUUUUCCGCUCCCCCAGAGAAGCUCACGUGGCCGUUCAGAUCCUUUCAGGGGCCCAGUGCGAUGGGCGAGUCAUCCGCGUCGAUCCCGACAGCGGCCGAGACAUAGAUGGAGAAAGAAAAUAUGGAAGGGGCACAAGCGGCCGGCAGUGGCGCGAUGAAUGGAGGGAUUUCUACGACCCAGGGAGAGGAGGGGAAGGAGGCGAGCGAGGAAAACGCGCGCGAGAGGAACUUGAAGCCUGCCUAAUGGCCAAUCACAUGCCUCCUAUGGAUCAGGGACCUUAUGCGCGCAAUGUACGACACAGGUGGGGAGGGGGCCCCUCCGGAGGCCCCCCGAUGGGGCCCCCCUUGCCCAUCCCGGGGCCUCCGCCACCCCAGGAAAGGGGGGCCUCUGUGGCAGCCCCGCCACCCCCUGAGAACCCAUUUGCCUACACCAGCAAAUUCAGCCGUGGUCGGCGCAACUAA